UUCAAUAACAUCACUGGGACUCAAGCGAGAGAGCGUGGGCUUUGAGGAGAAUAGACGUUUACAUCUUUUCAGUUUCUUUUUAGUUCGCCUCAAGGACUUUACUGACAAUAUCAAACAAGGUGCAAUGGUGGAAGAAGAGCAAUUUGUGAAUAUAGACUUGAAUGAUGACAACAUCUGCACCAUCUGUAAGCUGGACACAGAGACUGGAACACUGUCCUUCUGUCAUGUCUGCUUCGAGCUGAGCAUAGAGGGUGUGUCCACUGCAACUCUGCUGCACUCCACAUCUUUGCGUGGGCACAGGGACUGCUUUGAGAAGUACCACCUCAUUGCCAACCAGAAGGUCUCACAUGCCAAGGCCUCGCACAGUACCUAUGAGGGUGUCAAGCGGGCACUGAGCCAGCAGAUCAGCCGCAUUGUGCAGUAUGCCCAGAACAGAGACUCUGGCUCCAAACACCAGAUCCUGUUUCACACACAGCAGGGUGACAGGAACUUGAUGCCCAAGUCAGGUGCCCAGGUCCCCCGAUAUGCCCCACGCUGGGUGGAGGCUACGUGUUCAGGUGAAACAGAAGAUCUGGAGCUCCUGCAGGAUUCUGGGCAGCUGUGGAGCAAUGAUCAAAAGCACACACUGCAACAGCAGGUAGGAGGAGGAGAACAGCGGGAGAGACGACACAUAUUCCACAGUCGAGAGGAAUUGGUGAAAAUGACUUUGGAAGAGCUUCAUCAGCUGAAUUCCCAGCUGCUGCUACAGAUUCAAGAGGUAUUUGAAAAGCUUUCAGUAGCUGUGCAAGAGAAGGACUCAUUGGCAUCCCAGCUUCAUGUCCGCCACAUAGCCAUCGAGCAGCUCUUUAAGAACUGUGCCAAACUCCCAUGGCUUCAGAUUGGCCGGGCAGGGAUCAAAACCAGCAACACCUCAGUGGAGUGAAGUGCGAGUUGUCCACAGUGGAUUAAAAAAAGUGCUUUUCACUCCCAGUGUAUACUCUUAAGUAGAAAGGGUGGUUGAGCUUACUGUCUCUUGUUCAAAAACUGUAAGAACAGUCUUGAAAGAGACUAACACGUGGAGUUUUGGAUCUUCAUUUAGGUGGAUCUGUGGUUACUAUGCAGACUGAGGUCAGACUGACUGUGGCCUCAUCAACAUUAACUUGAAUAAUGUUUUUAUGACUUUUAUGUUAUGGAAUGUAUUUCACAUUUCUAUUUAUUUAUUUUAUUUUAUUUUUUAUUAGAGAAGCAGAUGCCUCUAUAACUGUGCAUGAAAGACCGGAGUCUGGGUUGGGCUCUGAUGUUUCUGUGGUAAUGGUUGCCUAGUUAAGAAGGGAGUGUGUUCUCUCUGAUCAUUGCAGUGUGAUUGUGGUUUCCAGUUAUAAAACACUUUUCUCUGCUGUGUACAAGUGCAACACAAUGUAAAGAUUAGGUAUCUAAACCUCAGGCUUCCACAAGAUAUGAUACAAUCUAUAAGACAGCAAUUGGCUAUCUGAAAAUGCCACUGAAUCUUGUACAAUUAGAUUUAUUAGGCCCCGGUUGAUACCAGAGAAUCUUUGCUUAAAAUCCGUGGUCUGCUGGUAAUUACAAAUGAUGUAGAGAAGGACUUAUUUAAGUAUCCAUUAUAGUCAAAGCUAUUCUUGCUAAGACAUUAGUUAGUUCUUGUGGCUCUUGCCUGGUUUCAUUUCAGUCAAUACGAUGUUAUUUGUGAGUCUUAUAUUUCCUAAAAGCCCCCUUCAUUCUAUUCCUAAGUAAGUUAGGAUACUAUCGGUCAUAGCAUAAUCAAAUAUUCCUGUAUGUUUAUCAUUACAUGGGGAUGUUUUAAUAGGGAUUUUACGCACCUUAAAAAGCCUAACCAAAGUCUGUUGCCAAAAGGUAACAUAAUUUAGUGUUUAUAUUUUUAAGUAUGUUUGGAUGAACGAAAGGACAUUUGUGCACAUUUAAUUACCUUGAAAUACGGUUUUCUUGAUCUUUGUUCAAAUAUUUCAGGCAUCAGUUUUAAAUUUUUUUUAUCUUAACAUGUCAUGUUUAUUUAUUUAGAAGCUUACUGUACAAUCUUAUUUUACAAUUUCAUAUAUUCCUUGUUUAUUCUCGGAUAAAAUCUUGAGGUGAGGGCGCCAUCUGCUGGUGGCACAAAAAGAAUCUGUUCACACUUAAUGCGGUCAGCUUAUAAUGACACUGGAUGUUUUUAAACUUAGCUGUUCGGAUGUGUCAUUUUAAAAGUAUAAAAUUAUUUUGUUCAGAGAAAAAAAAUGCUUCUCUUUGUAAGAGACCUAUAUUUUACUUGACCCAUCUGUGGGUUGUAUGAAAAGUGUUGUGCAUGUCUGGUGCUUGAUAUGCUGUACAAAGUUGAACUGUGAUUUUCAUCAGCAUUAUUGUAUGCAUGUCAGUUCUGCUUAUAUAUAUAUAGAUAUAUAUAUAACUAUAAAAAUCUCGGAUGUGUGUGUUGAUUUUUAUAGUUUGUGGCUUAAAACCCAUGUACUUGUUCAGGAUAAUAACAAUGAAUUGGUAAAGCAGACUGUGGAUUUCAGCAGAUAUAGGGGCUACAGGGUUACAUACAAACUGCCCACUAAACAGAGUGUUAAUCUUAAAACUUAAGAUCAUGUUUUGGCACAUAUACUUGUGAUAUCAGUUAUCAAGGGUUUUUUUUGUGUGUGUGUUUUUAUUGUUUCUCCAACAGCUCAUGCAAUAAUGUGUGAUUGUGUGGUGGUCUGAGUGAUGAUUCAAAUGUUAUCUUUAAAACCAGUCAAUAAAUAUACACAAUAUUUUA